AUGCGAUGCGCGAGCAAGGCCGCCGAGAGCGCGUCCGCACGUCUCUGUGCGGACGCCGAAGCAGAAAUCACAGCAACUGAUGUCUCAUCAAUUGCUGAAGCGACUCAGCCUGUGUCACUUGGUGAUGCAGGCGCUGGUCAUGAAGACACUCAUGUCGUCACAGAGUACGAGCUCGGUGUCUCAUACUCUCCUGAUGCGGAUGACGGAUCCGUAUCGACGGCGAUUGAAUCUAAGCCGCCUGCCAAGCGUGGCAUGGAUGAUGCUAUGCGUCGUAGCAUCUUUGGUUCAUCUGAUGAAUCAGAUGGACCAUCGCCGAAGCGAAGGCACUCGAGGUCGCGAGACUCGGGCGCUAACAGUGGUGUCGGUUCUCCUAUGGACACCACUUCGCAACGAGGUGCCGGUCCUUCUGUCGGCACGUCGCAAGAAGAGCGGGACCGCAAUGUCUUGCGUCUCGCUCCUGAGAAGAAGGCAUGGAUGCCUCCGAAAUCCGUCAUGGAUCACUUGUCGGCGACGACGAGUGAUCGUUAUCGAACACGGUUGUUCGAUUCGUCAAGGAUCCAUCACCUUGACCCAAGCGCGAUAACCUAUCGCGCUGAGAAUGAAUUCUUCAUCGAUGCUUCUUUAAACAUCGAUGGUACAGUGGGAAUCACAAGCGUGAUGGUCCCUCACUACUUCAAGCGUGGAACGCCUACAUCCAUAACCUUGAGGGUGUAG